UGUCAAAGGUAGGUAUUUCUACAAUGUAUAGACUGUAAACCAUUACGAGGCGUCCCUCACAGCACAGAUGAAGGACACAAUGGCCAUUACUGACAGCAGCUACUUCCUUAUUCAUCACUAAGCAACCGAAAGAAGCCAAACACAGGAGACAGAGCUCAGGCCUGUCCAUAGGGAGACAUUGUAUCAUAUAUUAGUGCUCUGCUCUCACCAGAGUUGAUGGGAGUUCUUUGCACCAGUAUAAGUAUAGGAGGAAGCUGGAGUCAUAUGCACCACAUUUAUGAAAAGAACAAUGGAACCAGAAUGUGGUGGUGAUUCCACGGAGAACUGUGAUUCGGUAAAAAGAGGUUUCACUGACAUUCCUAAAGACAGUUUUUGCCAUUCUACUGAGGCUGGCUAUAAAACCAUAACUACAGAUAAGAUGCAAGGGAGAGGAUUAAAACUGCAACAGGAAAUGCUUAAAAACAUAAAAAAACAAAGAGAGCACGAGGAGAAAGUCAGGAAGGAAGCCCCAGCUGAUGUACUGGCGAGAGAAUGGUUCAGCCAGGACAAGUCCUCUGUAGGCACAAGAUCUUAUCUUCUUGAACAGCUAAUGCCUUCAGUUGUACACGGCGUUGAGUCUCUCCUCAUGGAGUUGGAAAAGAAAAAAGUUCUCGAAGACGAUUCAAAUAAGUUUGAUCCAGUGAAUUUUCUUGGAGAGUUCCUCAUGAGACAAAAUCCGAAGUUCUUUUCGGGCACAGAGAAGACAGCCUACAUUCGGGGGUUAGAACAAGUUAUUGCUGAUUUGAAAAACAACGUUUUUGAUUUAGAGUUUAACAGGCUUGGUCAGCUAAAAGAGGAACUGAAGUAUAACCAAGAUAACAGAGAACAAGUGGAGAGUAUCCAGAGCCAGGUAAUGGAGAAGAGGAAAGGAGCCUUGUCCCUGCAGUUCCAAGAAUGGACUCUGGAUGUUAGCGGCAGGAUUCCACUUGCACUAGUACAAAGUGCUUUGAAAUCAUUUUUUGAAGACAUUUCCCAACCUACGUUAGAUAACAAAUCAGUUUCCAGUAAAGAAUUGGAGAUGGCAGACACAAUGGAACAGAAGUUAAAUGAUGAAGAAUUUGCAGAGUAUGUAUAUCCAUUUAUUAGUCACCUCAGCACAGACUUAUUUCAGGAAUUCCUGCACCACAUGGCACAGUGCGCCGACAUGUUCCGUGAGACCAUUCGCCAUGAUAUUUGGAGACAGAAAUUUUCUGAUCUCUUUCUUGCAUGUGAUUCAGGAAAGGUUGGCUUUCUAGACAGACAAAGAGUUCUUUCUCUCAUGGAAAAGUUCUAUGACAGUAUAAGUUCAAAGGCAGAGACAUGGCAUCCACGUAACCCUCGACAAUGGCCAGUGAUUGAAUUGGGGGAAAUGGAUCCAACUGAUUUUUGGGCUGAGUUCCAGGAAGGAGAUAAUCAACCAGAAGAGAAAGGAGAAGGCUCUACUAUUACAGCUUCAGCUAUACCCAGUGGUUCUGGUGAGGAAGGCCAGAAGGAGGAAAGGCCAGAAGACACAGAAGAAGGAGCAGCAAAUAUAGAAGAGGAUACAAGAGACCAGCCGGCUGAAAGCAGUGAAGGCAGAGGGAUACACUUUAUUGAUGGAAAACCCUGGUCAGGUGACUUGUUGACUUCAGAUCUGGCUAUCAGAUAUAGUUCUUAUGGAGACAGAAGUGAAGAAGAAUAUCAUGACGCAACCUCUAAAUUCACAGAUUUACGAACCAUUAUCUCCGAUAUUAACACUCGUGGCCCAUCACGUAUCCCUAGUGCUUUCAAUGACAGUGCCCUCAGCUUACCCCAGUUUGUUCAGCUGAUCGAAACGUUUGUGGGAGAAGAUGCUCCAUUGGCAGCUGUAGAGGAGCUCACAUCCUUUAUACUGAGGGAAUAUGUGGAGACGGAAGAGGAGAGACUUGGUUUGUUGGCUAAAGUGCGACGUGACGCUCUUCUUGCACGGCAGAAGCUUGUACUACAGGCUCUCUUUGAGAAAUGGGACAACGAUGGUUCAGGAUUCCUGGAGCUUGAGGAGGUAGAAGGAGUCUUGGCUAAAUAUAAAGAAGGGAUGGAAUCUGAAGCGGCGGCUAAAGGAAAGGAAAGCCUAAGUUCUUCACAGUCUCGGCGUGGAUCAAAAAAGUUGUCAGCAACUGAAUUUACCAGGUACAUCCUUGGUAUGGUCCAUCAGCUUCCAGGUCCAGAAGAAGAAGUAUACGAGAAUAUGGUGGAAUUUCUAACCACCAGUGUGGAGCGGACUCAGGCUGAGAAACUACGAGGGGCUUCUCGCAGGAAGUGGCUUCAGCACAUUCAGUCUGUGGCUGAAACCAGUGGUGGAAGAUUUGAGCCGGUGUACAAAGCUGUAUUUCAGGCCCUAUAUAAGGAUGCCGAGGCUCAUGGAAAUAACAAGAAGAUUAGUGCCAAUAUCGCCCUUCUAGAGCAAAGCUCAAGGAGGGAGAGGUGGAAUGAAGUUCUACGUUAUGUCGCAUGUACUUCUGAAGAUGCUAAAUAUGUAUUAAACAAGACACUGACCAGAAACAUGAAGGGUGUGAGCUUUGCAGCAGUGGACAGUGGGACACCACAACAUGUGCCUCGUGUACAGUAUCAUGGUAAUAUUCAGUUCUGGAAUACAGAUCGGACUGAAGAAGAGAGAACGGGUUCGCUCAUUGUACUACCACUAAUGGAGAAGCAGCAGCUGAUAUUUGGUACCCUCAGCAUCGACACGCUGAGAGAAAUCCGAGAUAGAAAUAUAUUCCUUACACAUGAAAUCAGCUUUUAUCAGGGGGUGACAAAUGCUUUCAGUGCAGCAUACCACCAUGUCCAGAGGCAAAGAAAUAUAGUACAGUUGGUGAGCAGUGCCCUCGCCUGGAUCUAUAGUCGUGCUCCCAAUAUUCAGGCUAUCAACACCUACCUAAUGGAGCCAUGUGUAGAUAAGGCACAAGGAUAUGUAUUUCGGAACAUGAUGCACACAGACAACAACACAGGAGUGUCUGAGAUCUACAAUUCUCCAGCCACACUUCGCAGACGGGACAAUCUGUUCAGGGACUAUCUUUUUAAAUGUGCAGAUAGCUCAGAAGUUAUCACAACAGAUGCCUAUGGAGAACGUCACAUUGCUGUCCCUAUCCGGGAUCCAUCAGGAAGAGCUCUAGGAGUGCUGGACCUAAACAUGGGCCACCGCAGGAACCUACCAGCUCAUGAGUACAAGGACUUACAGAAAAUGCUGCAGAUGCUACAAGGAGCUUGUUAUGAAAUCUUAGAGGAAGAAUCGUCUAGAGACAACCAAAACAAGGCUGUCCUAGAGGCAGAACAAGAGUCAGGAGAGAGGAGAGUGGGAGUACUAUUCCAUCGCUUCAUGCUGCAAGACCUGCGGCAAUGUGUCAGUAAACUAGACCACCAGUCAUUUGCUGAACUGAAGAGCUACAAGGAGCCUCCUAUCAUGGUGCAUAGUAUCCUUAAGGCUGUGUUACUUCUAUUUUGUCCAGCCUGGGCUGAGUCAGAGGAGAUUCAUAGCUGGAAUCAGUGCAAACUGAAAGUAAAUAGUGAUAUGAUUCGGAAGAUACUCUCUUUUGACCCCACUGCCCAGUCUGUACAACUCAACCCAGACAUCCUGGCUAAGUAUAUUAAAGGGAUUCCCAGAGGAGCGGUCUGGAAGCAAGGUUCUAUCCCAGCAGAACAUCUCUAUAACUGGGCUUUCACCUGCCUCUCCCUGAUAGAAAUCAGUCAGAAAAUGCAGAACACACAGUCCCCAUCCCUGGUCUCUCUAGCAACAUCAAACUAAAUGUGAAUUAAAAAGAAAUAGAAUAUCACUAGUCAAAUUGUGUUUUUAACUAAUCUUCUACUUCAUGACAUUUGUAACCUACACAAAUAGAAAAAAGACUGGCAGAAGAAGAUUCGAUAGAUGGAAUGAAGUGUAAGGAUCAAGGAAUAUCCAUAUCGAUAACAAUUUGAUAGUUGUUAGGAAGGAUGCAUAUGCUUCUUAAUCUGGAUUACUUUGUAAUCAGUCUUCUCUUCUCUCUCAUACAGUCUGUUCUCACAUAGUUAUAACCUUUUCCGGUAAUGAGUCUACCAUCACCUGUCACAUCUUGGCUUACAACUUGCACAGCCUCACCCAACAUUUUGACCACAACAGAUUCCUGCCCAGGCUGACAGUGCACAGCCAAUGCCCCUUUGGCGUUAGCCCACACAGAUUUUUACAAGCUAUACUCUUUUAUGGCUAAAACAACACAAAUUAUUAUUAUUAUAAGACGCAAUGGGUCUUUGGGUCAGCUCACCAUCUUCUCCCCGUGACAUGCUCCAGGCCUUGCUCAAUCCAGAUAACAACUCACAUCUAAUGAGUCUCCGGAUAGCAUGCUAGGAGACCUGCCGAAGAGAAAAAAAAAACGUGUCCAGUGAAUUCAGAAAAUGCUAAGACUGAGCGGUAAGACCACACACACACAAUGCAUUUUGACUACCACCACAGUCUUAGUCAUGGCUGUCACAAUAUAGCCAUACAGUAAGUGAACUAGAAUAGGGAAAUUACAUCAGAACCAGAAACCCCUCCUCCAAGGUUUCAUAUGUUGCAUGUCUAUAAAAUUGAUGAUAGCAAGAUUAUCUCCUACCAAGAACUACCGAUCCAGGAAAAAAGUAGAAAUACCGAAAAAUGGUAGAAAUAGAUAACAAUCAAUACUAAAAAAAAGGACAUUCUCAGUAUACAUGAGUAUUGACACAGAGGACAUAUGCAGGAAGAAUAUAUAUAUAGACACACAUAUGCAUAAAUCAUUAUCACAAAUAUGUAUACUAUAAUGAAUAGACAAUUACAGGCCUACUUGACAACAUAUAUGAAUUAUUCACACCUUGGCGGCCAAACACACCAAUUUAUCUACUUCUCAUCCUGUCAGCAUUAUGUGCAGUGCUCCAGUAUCCCAAUACACAUGCCCACAUCAGAGUCAGUGACUUCCAUGGCCCACUAUGGUGCUAAAACCUCCUCCAGUUAUCAAAAAAGCUGAGAAACCAACCAUUCUUAUUCACAAAUAUUGUUAAAGGGCAUAGCAAUGCCGAGACCCACAGCCUGCCAGGACAAAAAGGUGUACAAACAAUAUAUAGUGCAACAUCAAAUGUGCACAGUAUAACUCACAUACAGCUGGUGAAAUGUUGAACAUGAUACCAUUCUUCGAACUUAAAGAGGAUACGUUUCAUACGUAAAAACGUAUCCCCUUCCUGUGGGGGGUCUGACCCCUGGGACCCCCACCAUCUCCUACAUGGGCCCCCUACUCUCCCUGGGAACGAAGCGCCACGACUCCCGCACAAAGCGGCGGCCAACACGCCGCUCUAUAUAUCUCUGGGGAGAGCCGGAGAUAGCCAAACGGCUCUCAUAUAGACAUAUGUAACACUCACGUUUCUGAAAACAGGAACCCCGGUGGAUGUGGAUCCGCUGGACCUGUGUGGCAGAUGACUCAGACCGUACCAGGGAGCGGAGUCUAGGGUGCCGCUGGUUUUCACCAGAGCCACCAAAGCAGGAUGGACUUGCAGCUGCAGGCGACACCCAGGUCGCUACCCCUGGCACGGCUCGACCUAACAGGCAGCUGAGGAGAUGCGAGGCACAGGAGGGAUAAGGCAACUGGAUAGUCUGGAUAGCAGAAAGUCAGGGCAGGCGGCACAGUAGCGUAGUCAAAGCGAAGCAGGAGUUCAGUAGGCAGGCGGCAGAGGAGCAAUGUCAAGUCACAAGAGCAAGAGAUCAGAUACACGGCAAGGCAAUACAGAGGAACGCUUUCUAAAAAGGCACAAGGCAACAAAGAUCCGGCAGGGAACUGAGGAAGGUGGAGGAAUUUAUAAAUGAGCCACAGGUGGAUUACACUAAUGAGCAUACUGGCCCUUUAAAUCUUAAAGCUCCGGUGCGCACCCUAGGGGACAGGGACACGCGCCGGAGCAGAGAGGCAGGAGAAACACCCGGAGUGUGAUGGACUGGGGCUCGCAAUGCCGCGAUGCGAGUCCCCGCCCCAUCGGCAGCAGAAGGUAACGGGACCAUGCGCUUACGGCCAUCGUGUGUGGCCGGAGCGCAUAACGUAACAACAUAUAUGGAGGGGGCGUGCUAGCUGCCUCUUCCCCCUUACCGAGAAGAGUAGGGGGCCCAUGCAGGAGAUCACCUAUGCUUUGUAUAGGGGAUAAGGUUUUAUGCAUUUGAGACAGCAGUACCUGCUAAACUUGCUGAUUCCAGGUCUUUCUGAAGCUCUUCACAAGUGGUUCUCGGCUCCUGGACUCUUCUGAUAAUUCUUUUCAAAAAUCUUGCGAGGAGCACCUGGUCGAGGCAAAUUAAUGGUGAAAUGAUUGUCUUUCCACUUCUUUAUUAUGGCCCCAACAGUGCUCACUGGAACAUUCAGUCGCUUAGAAAUGUGCCUGUAACCAACGCCAUUGUUAUGUUUUGCAACAAUUAGGUUCCGGAGGUCUUGAGACAGCUCUUUGCUUUUAUUCAUCAUCUAGUGCUGACACCUUGGCAAUGAGACCUUUUUGUAGGCCAUCAGUUGGGACUGAACCAGCUGAUAUUGAAUUGCACUGACAAGGGGCUGGAUUGCUUUUUAAUUAGACAGAUUAAAGCUGUUGUCUUGGCUUUCCGUGCCAUUUUGUUGCUGGUGUCGAUAGCACCUUUGGAAAUAUAUAGAAAUAUAUGAGAAAAAUGGUGACAUGUUCAAUACUCAUUUCUCCUGCUGUAAAUAUGAAAUAUUUAUACUGCAUUCAGAAAGGAACAGCAAUAAAGCAGUUUUUAAUGAACAAAUAACAGUCUGUUAGAUCAAACCAAACAAGUAUAUCAUGCAGUCUCUUAACAUGAAUGGAAGUUCAUGUUAAGAGACUGGAAUAUUAGGUUAUAUCUUUUUAGGACUAUUAACCUGCAAUCAUACUCCUUUUUGUCUCUUACAUUUGUACACUUGCAAGUGUUCUUAGUGCUCAUGUUGGCACUUUUGUUGGCACUCUUACGGGUCUCUGAAUAUAAGGGUGAAGCGUGAAGUGAAAACUCUUAUAAAACAAUGUGGCUGGCAGGGGUGCUGCAGGUGGCCCUAUUAUAUAUUGACAAAGUAUUAUACAAAUAUGUAAUGCAGGUUUGUCAUUUAACAUUCAUUCUCUUCAAUACUUGCCACAGUAAGCCCACCUUUUAGCCUCUCUGCCUCUGUUGCGUUGAAGUGGUUAAGGUUUUCUAAAUAGAGACGGAGAGAUUCCAUCUAUGUAAUAACAUUCCUAGUAAGAACAUCUUUUUAAUAAAGGCAAAAUUUGGGAAGCGG